CUCCAGAUGCCUGUCAAAGGUCGGCUCAGUGCAGAACUGCAGACGUACUCGAACAGUCGCCUUGUCCACUCCAUGUAAAAUGGAGACACAGAAAUAUGUAAUACUCGUGUCCAUAGUCAUUGGCUACAGUCUCGCGACCGCCAAGACGAUAUUCGUUGAAGAAGAUGUGCCGAGCUUUGAAGAGAUAACUUUCAUGAAGAAGUACGGCUACCUGCCGGAGAAGCAAGAUGAUAUGGACUACGCAUACACACCGCACUCGAUUGCUGAAGCACUGAAGAAGAUGCAAUCGUUCGCUGGCCUCUCUCCAACGGGACACCUUGAUGCAGAAACUAGGAAAUUGUUUAAAAGAAGACGGUGCGGUGUGAAAGAUAUUGAAACUAAAUCAGCGGCACAGCGGAGAAGGCGCUACAUCCUACAACAAGGAUGGGGCAAGAAGGCGAUCACAUACAGAGUGGUGAACGGUUCAAGUACGCUGGAGAGAGGUCGCGUGGAGACGCUGAUGGCGGCCGGCCUGGCGGUGUGGGCGCCGCACGGUGGCUUGACGUUCGAGCAGCUCGACCGCGGGAAAGCAGACAUACAAGUCUCAUUCGCGAGCAAGGACCAUGGAGACGGGUUUCCUUUUGACGGGCCAGGUCACGUGGUCGCGCACGCGUUUCCACCGCCCCAUGGCGCCAUGCACUUCGAUGAUGACGAGCUCUGGGGUGAUAACCCUGCUGAAGAAGAUGAGGAUAUCACAGAUUUCUUCGCGGUUGCAGUUCAUGAGAUAGGCCACGCGCUAGGGCUGUCACACUCGAAUGUGAAGGCGUCGGUUAUGUACCCGUACUACCAAGUGCCCGUGGAGAAGUUGCACGAGGACGAUAUUCUUGGAAUGCAAGAACUUUAUUUGAAAGAGGACAUCCACGAAGCACUGCUGGAGAGCACGGAGCAGACUAUCGCGUCUCGUUCAUCGUUGGCACCGCGCCCGACGCUCGCCGACGAUGACAAUAAAAGCAGCGAAGACAGCAAGAGCAACGACAACAACGACAAUGAUGAAAAUGAUGACGAAGAAGGCGAUGACAACGACGUGCCCGACCUCUGCUACACCAACUACGACACCGUGCAGGUCAUACAGGAUAAGCUCUACGUUUUUGAGGAGGAGUGGGUGUGGGUUUUGUCUGCAAGAAAACAAAUAAUGGAAGGAUAUCCAAAGAAAUUUCACGACGUAUUCAUAGGACUGCCCAAACACAUUACCGUGAUCAGGACGAUAUAUGAGAAGCAGAACGGACAUAUUGUUGUGUUCUCAGGCAGAAGUUUCUGGGAGUUCAGUGCUCGGUUUCGUCUCGUGAGACGCGGUAGAAUCAGCGAGUACAAGAUACCGCCGCAGGUCUCAGAGCUGACGACCGUGUUUCUCUCCAACUACAAUAACAAGACAUACCUCAUCGAGUACGAGCGGUUCUGGAGGUUCGAUGAAGUGACAGGGACCAUGGACAGAGGUUACCCUAAAGAAAUGUCCGCGUGGAGACAGGUUCCUUAUCCUGUAGAUGCUGCUAUCAUUUGGAAAGGAGACACGUAUUUCUUCCGUGGGCCACGAUUCUGGCGUUUUGACAACACAGCGGUACGCGCUCACCCCUACUACCCGCUGCCCACCGCACAGAUCUGGUUCCCGUGCCGCCCCACUCCCGACAUGGCGCGCUACAUCACCAACGACGAGCCGUGAAAUAAAUCCAUAGUUGUUUUAAUAAAUUAAAUACAUUUAAGUGAUA